AUGGCUGCCAACAAUGCAAAGCAAGAAAAGUCAAGGCAGGUCUUUUCGAAUAAUCUCAGUUCACGCUGCGAGUGUGACGAACAGGCACCAUAUUGCCGCAAUUGCAAGUAUCGCCGCGUGAAUUGCAGCUUCCUGUCACAAUGGAGCCAGACCCCCAGCUUCAAACCACCGACACACAGUCGCCUUCAGCCUUGCCAACCAUCGAACGAAACGCAACAGAACAGCUUCCUCCCAUCCGGCCUCUCAACCAUCUCCCCGCCUACCACCUGCGCACACAAUCGUAGCCCGCUAUUGCAGCAACUCGAGUUAAUGCAUCAUUACGCUACGACUUCGUUCGCUUGCUUCUCUGACUACGAAGCCUACAGGUCCGUGUGGCAGAUAACGGUCCCCCAAGAGGCGCAAUCGUAUCCCUUCCUCAUGCAUAUCAUCCUCGCCAUAUCUGCCCUACAUAUCUGCCAUCUUCGUGACUCUGAUCAUAGGAAAGGGUCGUACAAGGAAUUGGCACGCGCACACUACCAUGAUGCGGUAGUCGCAUUUCGUUCGACGGUGUCGCAAAUAACGAGGUCUAACAGCAGUGCCGUGUUCGCAUUCUCUCAUUUAACAAUCUAUUUUGCAUUCGGCUCGUCAAAAUUCUCAGUGAACAACGGACGAAUGGAAGACCCAAUCGGAGAGUUGCUAGAUGUGCUCCUACUUCUUAGAACUGCCAUGGAGGCUCUACGAUCAUCCUGGGACUCUCUUGUUGAUGGCCCACUUGCGAUGCUGCUUCAACGUGGGCCAACGAUUACGGACCGUCGGUACCUCCCUCUAGAUAUUGCCGAGGGACUCGAGCUCAUGGAGCAAUUCUACCACAGUUUGCCCCUUACUCGAGAUGCCCACGCCACACCCCACGAGACUUAUCAAGUCGCCAUCCAACAACUUUGGGACUCCUUUGUCAUGGCAGAAACGAAACGCAAGGACUGGUCGAUGGCUCUACGAUUCCCGAUCAUAUUUUCUGAGCAGACUCUACUGUCCUGGAAGCGGCGAGAUCCGAUAGGCUUAGUGCUUUUGGCGCACUUUUGUGUUUUGCUUUGUCGAGCCCCAGCGCGAUGGUGGGCCGAUGGCUGGGCCGAGCAAGUCAUUGAUGCUGUAUCUAGAAGUCUAGAUGAGCGCUGGAGGCAUGCAAUUGCAUGGCCAAUGAAAAUAAUUGGCAUGAACCUGCAAGACUCGGAUUUAAAUUCUGCUAAUGGUAAUUCAUUCCAUUAA